AUGGAGCCUAAAGAUGAAAUUGCCAUUGUUGGGGUAGGAUGCCAUUUUCCUGGAGGAGAAGGAAUUGACAAUUUCUGGAAAGUACUGAUUGAAGGCAGAAACUGUACUGUGGACAUACCUCCAGAAAGAUUUAACAUCAAGAAGUGGUAUGAUUCGGACACUAACAAACCAGGAAAAAUAUUCACAAGACAUGCGGCUCUUCUUGAUGAAUUCAACAGAUUUGACAACAAGCUGUUUGGUAUUAAUGAUAUGGAAGCAGACCGUAUGGAUCCCCAGCAGAAACUUCUACUGGAGUGCGCCUACAAAGCUCUGGAGGAUGCAGGAAUCCCCACAGAGGAAAUUGGUGGCACCAGAACUGGGGUCUUCGUUGGUGUGAUGAAUCAUGACCAUAAGGUUUUACUCAGCCAGUCAGCAGAAGAAAUAACCCAUUAUGAUGGUACAGGGGUAGCAGUGAGCAUUGCUGCGAACCGGAUUUCAUACACAUUUAAUCUGACUGGACCAUCGGUUGCCCUAGACACAGCCUGCUCCUCUUUUUUGUAUGCAUUGCAUUAUGCCUUGCAUGCAAUCAGACAAGGUGACUGUGAAGCAGCAUUAUGUGGUGGCGUGAACUGCAUCAUAGAUCCCCACAUAUUUGUUUCCCUUUGCAAAGCAAAAAUGAUCUCCCCAGAUGGGAUGAGCAAGCCCUUUUCUAAAAAGGCUGAUGGCUAUGGAAGAGGAGAGGGCUGUGGUGUCCUUUUACUGAAGCCAUUAAAAAAGGCACAAGAAGACUUCAACAAAAUAUGGGGUAUCAUCUGCACCAGUGCGGUCAACCAGGUUGGAAGAUACGUCACUCCGAUCACCAAGCCAUCUCAGCAGCAACAGGAGAACUUACUGUGUGGCAUUUAUCCAGCUCAUGUUGACCCAUCUACUGUUCAGUAUGUUGAAGCACAUGGCACAGGAACCCCUGUAGGGGACCCUGUUGAGGCAGAGAGCAUAGGCAAUGCCAUUGGCAAAAAGAGGUCUCCGAAUCUGCCUCCUCUCAAGAUUGGGUCUGUCAAAGGGAACAUUGGACACACUGAAUCAGCUGCUGGGGCAGCAGGAAUAAUCAAGGUUCUUCUCAUGAUGCACCAUGGAAAGAUUGUGCCGUCCUUGCACUAUUCAGAAAGCAAUAGCAGCAUCAGUACAGAGAAGCUAAACCUCUCCAUCCCAACAACAGUGGAAAAGUGGGAUGAGUCCCAUGAAUUUGGCAGAGUAGCUGGGAUCAACUGUUUUGGAUUUGGAGGCACCAAUGCUCAUGUGGUUGUCAGACAGGCAAAGCAAACCCAGCUUCUCCCUUCAGUCCACAGGCCCGUCGAGCUCUUUGUAAUCUCUGCAGCUUCAGGUAAUUCUCUCAAACUAUCAAUGGAAGACACAGCUAGAUAUUUAAAUACAGGUGGCUCAGCAACACUCCCAAAUCUGGCCUACACAUCUGCAUGUAGAAGAAGCCACAUAAAGUACAAAUACAGGCAAGCAUUUGUGGUGUCCUCUCUGCAGCGCUUAGAACAACAACUUCUUUCUGCAGCUGAAACAGAAACGGUUCCAUCAAAGAAACCUAUACAGCUGAUUUUUGUGUUCCCUGGAAAUGGCCUGAAGUUGAAAGGGAUAUUUAGGACCUUGCUGAAAUCUGAGCCAGUGUUUAGAGACAAAUGUAAAGAAAUAGAACAACUCUUUCAGAAAUAUUCCUCCAAUGGCAUUUUAGAAUUAAGUGAAAGCGAACAUGUGGAUCUGUCAAAUCCUGAGAUAGCCCAGCCCCUGCUCUUCACACUGCAGGUGGCCUUGGUUACUCUUCUGCAGUACUGGGGGAUAAAGCCGAUUGCAGCGGUUGGCCAUUCGGUUGGUGAGGCGGCGGCUGCCCAUUGCGCUGGCCUGCUUUCCCUGGAAGAUGCUGUCAAAGUCGUCCAUCACAGGAGCCGGCUUCAGGCUAAGGUCUCUGGAGGCAAAAUGCUGGUGGUUGGGAACAUCCCUGUUGAAGAAGUGUCCGUGGCCCUGAGUGCAUAUUCAGGAAAAGUCUGUGUGGCGGCAUUCAACAGUCCUCAGUCUUGCACACUGUCAGGAGAUGAAGAGGCUAUCAGUGCUGCUCAGAAGCAUCUAGCAGAAAACUUUAAGAAAAGAAAUAUCUUUCUUCAUCUUUUAAAUGUGCCAGUUGCAUAUCACAGCCACAUGAUGGAGCCAGUGCUGCAAGAGAUAAAAGAAUAUCUCACAGAACUGAAAAAGGGGAAGCCAGAAAUCGACCUCAUUUCUACAGCAACAGGGAAAGCUGCUUCAGAAGAUGAUUUUGUCACAGGGACCUACUGGGCCAGGCAGGUGCGGGACCCUGUUUCUUUUGCAGAGGCCAUACGGACUUCAGUGAAAGGCAAGGAAAAUGCCUUGUUUGUAGAAAUCGGGCCCCAGAGAGCAUUGCAGAGAUACAUAAAUGAAAUAUUAGGGACUCAGGUUAAAGUGUUUUCCUCCAUGCAAGUUGACAAAGAGUAUGAGGCGCUUUUUACACUUAUGAAAGGCCUUUUUGAACUGGGAUUCAAUCUGGAUUGGCAACACCUAUAUGAGGGAUAUCAGGGACCACCAGCAGACUAUCCCAGAUAUUGUUUCGAUCAUAAGAGGCCUGGGCACACUAUUAAAUUCAUCCAACAGCAAAAGCAAGAAGCUGCAAGUUUAAACCAUCCUCUCAUUCCCAAGGGUAACCAUGGCAAUACAGAAUUCAAGAAUUGUAUAUCUCAUUCAGCAACUGCAUAUCUGUAUGAGCACAAGCACAAAGGGAUUGUUCUGGUUCCGGGUGCCUAUUUUGCGCAACUCGCUUUGGCAGCUGUGAUGGAAGUCUCAAAAACAAAAGUGCCCUUAACAUUGUGGCAGCUGAACAUCAAAUUUACCUCACCUUGUGUUUUAAGUAAAGAUUCUCAUGAUCUGGAUGUGAAAAUGGAAUUGCAAGAAGAAGCUGCAGCUUUCAAAAUACUGUCCCCAUCAGGUGCCAUUCAUGCCUCUGGCCAAGUCACGAAGAACACAGAACUUUCUCUUGAAGAAACGAGCAUUUCCUAUAAGGACAUUUUUCUUCGGUGUAAAUCUGUCAUAAGCAGAGAUGAAUUAUAUGAAAUACUGUCUGCUAGUGGAUUUCAGUAUGGUCCGGUGUUCAAGCAGCUCAGUGAUGUCUUUUAUUGUGAAGAGCUGAAAGAAGCAAUUACCACCAUGAAUGUGAAGAAGCAGACCACAGAAGAAAUGCACAGGUUUGUUAUCCAUCCUGUUCUCUUAGACUGUUUCCUACAAAUGACAAUAGUUAUGAUCGCAAAAUCAGCCUUCAAAAAUACUAUCGGAUUUCCUUCUGGAAUAGGCAGCCUUGUGAUUGUUCGACCCUUGGAAGAGGAAAUGAUGCUAUAUAUGAAGAUCAGCAAAGUUGCUGACAACUACUUAGAGUUUUGUGGAUGCUUCACAGAUAAACAUGGCUCUGUCUUGGUUGAGAUGAAGCAUGUUCAGAUAACUUUUGUGAAGGAAACUUCCAUGAGAGAAAAUGGUUUAUUAUUUCAAAGUAAAUGGAAGGAGAUUAACCUCUCCCAGAACUCAAGAGAAGCACCUAUUGUUGCAGUGUUUGCUGAUAAAAUUGGAGUAUCUCAGCAGCUCAAAAAACAUUUGCAUAAAAAUUCUAGGUUUUUAAUGUAUGAAGACUGGGAAAAAUUGCUGGAAUCCAGGAGCCCAGAAUCAGCUGCACAGGACAAAGUUAAGUUAGAGGUGAUGAACUACAGUGAUGUUUUGUUUAUGUGGGGAAUUCAAAGACUGACUGAAGAAAACUCAGAUGUUGUUGCAAGUUUAGCAAAGUGCUGUGAAGCUUUCCGACAACUGGUUAUUACUUUGAAAGAAAGGAACAGUCGUUGCUCCAUCACAAUAAUCACGUACAGGACAACAGACAGGAGCGUGGACCACAUCAACCCUGGCUUUGCCUUGUAUGGCAUGGCCCGGGCCUGCAUGCUUGAAGCUACUAACAUCACUUUUCAGAUGAUUGAUACCAGCUCAACAAGUGCCAUGGACAUCCUGGCCUUAGCAGAUGUUUUGGUUGGGUAUGAUGCUCUACUUUAUCCUGAAGUCUGGAUUAAUCAGGGGAGAAUUUACACUUCUGAAGUCAGGCAGACGCAGACUGACAGUAUAUGUUCCAGUGUAACUUCUCAGAUCUCUCAGGUCUCUGAACUGUUUGCUGUUUAUACUUCCGAGCCUUAUGAAGUACAAGAUUUGUUUGCUGAGCUGGUUGAUGAUAUCAAUACUCCUCUUGAUAACUACAGUGUAGAAGUGCAAAUUGAAAAAAUAAGUAUUCAUUCUGAAGACUAUUUUUCCAUUAGCCUUUCCAGUUGGAACUUUGGAAACACAUUAUAUUGGAAUUCACAGACAAUUGGCAAAUACAGGCUCUUGGCUCUGGAUUGUAGUGGGACUGUAAUUGCAACAGGUUGUAAAGUAAAAAAGUUCAGUGUGGGAGACCGCAUUGUUUCAUGCUACCCAGUCGUUGCAGCUUCAAGACUCAAGCUCCCAGAGUCAGUCUGCCUUAACACACAGAAAUUUCCAUGCUUUGAAAAAGUACCAUAUGUAUCCUUUUUCAGGAUCGCAUGGGAAAUUUUGCAUCAGACUUUACCAAAGAUGAAACAGAAUGAAUGUUUAGGUAUCAUUUCUACUCAUCCAGAAUCAGUUUUGUGCAAAGUGCUUGCACACUCAGCUCAUGAAGGAGGCUGCAAAACUAAAAUUGCAAUACUUGACGAAAGCCUGGAAGAAUGUGUAGCUCACUGCAGUAGCCUUGUUUUCCUGCCUCCUCUGGAAAGAAUACCCAAGGAUGUUUUAGCACGACUUUCGCAUCUCCAGCAUGUAGUGGUAAUACUUGGCAAUUGCAAUUCUGAAUGCCUGAGCUCUCUCCUUGGAAAUGGCCCUGAACAUUUUCAAAUUCAUGUUCUAAAUCUUGCCACCAUUUUUCAGAAAGCAUCUCUGAAGCAGUCCCACAAACUUUUCUCAAGAUGGAUGAAAUCAGUGCAGCUCAAGCAGUUUAAGAAUGUACCUUGUUUGCCCUUUCAGCAGAGACAGAAUGAUGCAAUGUCAUCCUAUUUUACCUGCAAGUCUGUCCCAUUUGUUGCCCUGAAAGGUGGCAAGCAUGACAGCUGUAUUUCGGAUAUUGCAGUGUACAAGGCAAAGAAACUGUUCAAGCAAAAAGCUGUUUACAUUGUCACUGGGGGGCUAACAGGGCUUGGCUUUGAAACUGUGAAAUUUAUUGCUCAGAAUGGAGGGGGCUGCAUUGUCAUUCUUUCCCGGAGAAAGCCUAAUGCUGAAAUGCAAAAAGAGAUUUGUAAUGUGCAGAAUCAGAAUAAACAGAGCAUGAUAGUCAGUGUGCAGUGCAAUGUAAUCUCUAAGUCUGAUGUUGAGAAUUCUAUCAAGUCAAUCAGCAAAACCUUUCCAAAGUGCCCAAUCAAAGGUAUAUUCCACAGUGCUGUGGUUUUCCAUGAUGCAACCAUUGAAGCCUUGAAUCGUGCUACAUUUGAGGAAGUCUUAAGCGCAAAGGUUGCUGGAGCCCUCAAUCUUCACCAUGCUACUCAAGGGCUGAAUCUUGACUAUUUUGUAUGCUAUUCAUCAGUUUCUUCCUUUCUUGGAAAUGCAAUGCAAGCAAACUAUGCUGCUGCCAAUUCCUUCUUGGAACAUUUCUGCCAUUACAGGAGAAACUGUGGACUGGCAGGACAAUCCAUCAGUUGGGGUGCCUUGAAUCUUGGAGUACUGCAAAAUCAAAGUGGCAUUCAAAAUCUUUUGGAAUCAAAGGGCAUAGCAAUUCUGCAGGUGAAUGAAAUUCAUGAGUAUCUUAAAACAAGCCUGACUCUGAAUAAUCCACAGCAAGUUGUGGUCAAGCUCAACAUUAAAUCUUUGAUCACUCAUUACUUUUCUCGAAAUCCAGCACUGAGGAGUCGCAUGCGUCCAGUCCUUGACGAAGCCAUAGGACAUGGUCUUGAACUGCCUGUAAAUAAUGUAAGCAAUGAUUUGGAUCCCAUAAAAGCAGACGACUAUGUCAUGUCAUUGGUGAGCGAACUCAGUGGUGCAGACUCAAGUGAUAUUGCCAUGAACAAACCCCUUGUAUCUCUCGGCAUAGAUUCUAUGUUAGCUAUGACUAUACAGAAUCGCAUUUUUCAGGAGCAAAAUAUUGAUGUACCACUUGUAAAAUUACUUGAUCCCGAGACUACAGUUCUGACUCUAGAAACAGGACUAAUUAACUCUUUCGAAGCUAUACCAAACUGCGAACAAGAAGAAAUACUGAGAUGA